AUGUCGCCGAACCAUACCAGUAAAUCCGCCUCCACCCCGGCCACAGGGACUCAGACCCCGGACCCACUCCUGGGCCAACACUUUGUCAAACAUGAGCGGCUGAACUCGAGAGAUCUUCUGCAUGCCAUCACCGACGCUGUUGAUAGUCCGGAGGAAGCGUAUGAACUGGCACGACGACAUGCUGGGUCUACACGUGCCGAGGCCGUAGCCCCCGACACGGCCGACGAAGCGGCCUCACCACCGCCGCGCGUAGCCCAGGGCGUUCCUCCCGAGCUACCCAACUUCUUCGCGGAGCUGGUUCUCAUCGGAGUCUGCUCCGCGGGGCUGAUGCUCUUUUCCUUCCUGCUCGGGGACGUCCUGGCGCCGCAGGAGGAAUUCCGCCGUGCACUGGGCAUUCAGAACUCAGAGCUGCCCUGGCUGGUCGGUUCGUUCAAUGUGGCCAACGGCAUCUCCGUCGUUGUAUCUGGGUCCCUCUCCGAUCUCAUGCCUCCCAAGGCCCUCAUGAUUGGUGCGUUCGCGUGGCUUACUGUGUGGAAUGUCGUGGGGGCCUUCUCGUUGCACCCCUCGCGCGUCGUUCUAUUCUUCAUCGUGCGUGCCAUGCAAGGUCUCGCUAUCGGCGUCCUGGUGUCUGGCAGCAUGAGCAUCUUGGGCCGGGUGUACAAGCCAGGGAUCCGCAAGAACCGUGUAUUUUCCGCCAUGGCCGCCACGGCACCGUUCGGCUUCUCCCUCGGCGCCAUCGAGGGCGGCCUGCUGCACAACCACCUGCCCUGGAUUUUCGGCACCAACGCCAUCAUCACGGCCGUCUGCUGCGCCGCCGCCUACAUCUCCAUCCCUGCGCUACGCCCCGUCGCCGAUGUCGCUGGCACGGAGGCCCCCUCGCUGCGCCAGUUCGACUACGCCGGCGCCGCGCUCGCCGUCGCCGGCUGCGUCUGCCUGCUCUUCGGCCUGACCCAAGGCUCCGUGACCUCGUGGACCGCCUACACCUGCGUCCUCACCGCACUCGGCGUGGUCUUCCUGGCGGGUCUGUUUGUCGUCGAGCGGUAUGUCGCACGCCCGUUGAUCCCCACGCGGCUCUGGCGCACGCCGGGCUUCACCCCGCUAAUGGUGGCCUAUUUCCUUGGGUUUGGGUCCUUCUUCGGUGCCUGGCAGUUCUACGCCAUCCAGUUCUGGCUACGCAUCCAGGGCGCGUCCUCAGUGACCGUAGCGCUGUACCACAUCCCCAACGCCUUGUUCGGAGUGCUGGCCGCAUGGAUCGUCAGCCGCCUGCUCCACGUCGUGCCGGGACACUACAUCUUCAUCGCCUCGAUGUUUGCGUUCACCCUGGGCCCGGCGUUCUUCCUGCCGCAGACGGCAAACACUAUCUACUGGGCCCUGUCGUUCCCCGGCGUCGCGCUGGUGACCUUUGGGCCGGAUCUCGCGUUCGCGGCGGCGUCCAUCUUCAUUACAAGCAACGUGGCGCGGUCGUACCAGGGCAGCGCGGGCAGCCUGCUCGUCACGAACCAGAACCUGUCGUCGGCUAUACUGACCAGCGUGGCGGAUGCGAUCGGGACCCGCGUGGACAAGGGGUCGAAUGGCGAGGUGGGCCUGCGGGGUCUGCACGCCAUCUGGUGGUUCGCGCUGGGAUGUCAGUUGGCUGCCGCUGCGGUGACGUGUAUCUGGGUGCGGAUUCCCAAAGAGGAGGAGAAGGAGCAUGUUACCUGA